AUGCCCGUCACAAUUGGCAAGCCCGCGCCGUCCUUCGAGGCAACUGCCUUGGUUGAUGGCAAGAUCACCAAGGUCUCCUUGGAGCAGUUCAGCGGCAAGUACGUCGUCCUCUUCUUCUACCCGGCGGACUGGACGUUCAUCUGCCCCACGGAGAUCCACGCGUUCUCAGACCGCAUCCAGGAGUUCAAGGACAUCAACUGCGAGGUGCUGGGGUGCUCGGUAGACAACGUGCACUCCCACCUGCACUGGGCGCAGACUCCACGGAACAAGGGCGGGCUCGGGGGCUGCACGUUCCCGCUGCUGUCGGACAUCACCAAGUCGAUCGCCCAGGACUACGGCUGCCUAGUGGACUUCGGGGACGACGCCGGCCUCGCCCUCCGCGCCCUGUACAUCAUCAGCCCUACCGGCGUGGUGCGGCAGGCGACGGUCAACGACAUGCCCGUGGGGCGCAGCAUCGACGAGACGCUGCGCCUCGUCAGGGCCUUCCAGUUCACGGACGAGCACGGCGAGGUGUGCCCGGCGAACUGGACCCCCGGUGCGAAGACCAUGAAGGACGACCCUGUUGGCUCUCUGGACUAUUUCAACAGUUUGUGA